AUGUCUUCGACAGUCGUCCCUGAUGCUGCCGCUGACGGAAAUGCCAACCUGGCAAAAACUCCCGCUCAGCUGAUGCGUGAGCAACAUGAGGCUGCUGCCACUCACCACGUUACGGUUGAAGAUACGGUGGAUGAGGAUGACAUCCAGCACCCGCCGCCUUCCGUCCCCACCGAGAAGCCAGAAGAAGCUGCUCCUGCUGCCACCAACGGCACAAUGUCAGCCAAAGCUGCUGGCAAGCAGAAGGCCUCGGAGAAGCUUGGUGCUUUCAAUACUCAGGAUGAUGAAGCCUUCCCUGCUCUCGGCCCAGCCCCGCGUGCACCGCCUGCUCCUCGAACUGGUGGCUGGGCCAACGCAGCUGCUGCUAAGGCACCCGGCGUCAGCGCUGCCACUUCUCGUCCUUCCUCCGGUAUGCCUACCCCGUCCUCGACCCCCGGCAUCCGGACUCCUACCGGAGCGGGUGCUGGCUCACGCCCAGCCGUCUCGCUACCUGGCCGCGCCACUGAUCAAUUCGAGAUCGAGAACACCGAGCUAGACAAAAGCAAGAACCUCCGUAAGAUUCUUGACGAUGUAUUCCGCAAGUUCAAUGUGAAGGUCACCACGAAGACCACGGGUCUCGGGAAAAAGACGGCUUUCGUCGCAGAUGGACCUAAAACCAAAGUCACGGACGCCCUCAUGCAUAUCUCGCAGUCGCUCACGGUCGAGAAAGUGUCCACGCUCGAGAUCCCCUCCACCGUCACUGCGCAGAUCAUCGGUAAGGGCGGCGCCAACAUCAAGAAAUUGGAAUCCAAGUUCGGGGUCAAGAUUCAUACUGACAGAAGCAAUCGGAAAACGAGCGGUGCCGACGAUGCCGGCACCGACAUUGUCGAAAUCAAAGGUCAUUCUGCCCAAGUUGCCCAGGUCUACGAUGAGAUUGCCAACCAGGCCCGCCAAUUGCAGCCAAAGGUCGACGUACCUGUCCGAGGCAUUCCACCAGAGUUCUACCCCUUCAUCGCUGGCCGUCAUGCCGAGAAGAUUCGCAACCUGGAGGCUCAGCAAGGCCUAAACAUCAAUAUCCCUGCGUAUCACACAUGGCAGUCCCAGGCGCCGGCCAAGGUCGAGAAGGAUAAUGGUCCAGCCAGAUUCCAUCCUCAUGGCGACUCUCACAUCACCAUUUCAGGUGAUCAAGCCGCUGCAAAGUCCGCUGGUCAGCAAUUCGAACGGCUCGCAGAGCAGCUCCAGACUGAGCUGUUUUUGGAGGAGCUGCAGGCCCAGCAGUUCAUGCGCCCCUUCAUUGUUGGCGACCGUGGCAUCGACCCGCUGGAAUUUCUGGAGAAGACCGGUUGCGUAGUGGUACUGCCCCCUGGUCAUCACGAGACAGAAGAAGUUCACAUCAUCGGUCCCCAGAGCCGACUCGACGAGGGUCGCAACUUAGCGGAAGAACUUAUGGCCCAGAAAGCCGCUCAGCAAGUAAACUUGCACAAGCAGUUCUCCGAUGCACCUCUCGGGCCCGAGCGGCACUCUCGCGCACUGGCUCAGUAUUUGCAGCGCAGAGCCAUCGAGCGCGAAUUCAAUACCGCUCAUAAUGCUGAGCUCAUUUUCCCAAGCUCCGUUUCCGCUGCACCGGAGUGGAUUGUCAUUGGCGAUGAUCCUCGUAAGGCCAUGUCAGCCCGUAAUGAGCUGUCCAAGAUCACCCAAGCUUUCCCUACACCACGCCUGCAACUGGUCGAAAUCGAUCCGUUCUUCCAUCCCCACCUCGAGCAGUUGCACGCUCAGAAACUUCAAAAUGAUCUGGGAGUUUAUCUGAUCGUACCUGAUGAUGGCGAGGAGUCAGUUGUGCUUGUUUAUGAAGGUCCCCAUUCCGAAUCACCUUUCCAGAUACCUCGCACGAAGCCUAGCAAACAGGAGCUUUCAGAGUUCGAGAAGGCUCUGAAAGCGGCCGAGGAGCUCCUCCGAAGCAGCAUCCCCCAUCAAGGAAUUGAGAACGAUAAUGUUGAGGUUCCUCGCAAGUUUCAUGACAAGGUGCGAAGAUACGUGAACCAGGAGCAGGUUCAGUCUCCAGGCGCCUUCCCUGUGCAGAUCGAUUUCGGUGGUCGUCGUCAACAAGCCGCACGGGGCUCUCCUAACUUUGUGGAGCUCCGCCACCCUGAAAGAGCCGCAGUUGACGAACUUAAGCGCAAAAUUCAGCAGUUCUUGGUCGAAGCUGAGCAGGACGAGAAGGAACGCGGCUAUGUUACUACUCUCCAGUUUCCAGCGAAAUACAAUAAGAAUCUUAUUGGUCGAAAUGGAGCUCAUGUUAACCAGCUGCGCGAGAAACAUGAUGUGGAUAUUCAGGUUUCACGAGAAGGCGGUGACGAGAUCAAGAUCCAGGGACCACAGAAAAAGGCCGAGGCUUGCAAAGCUGAGAUACAGAAACUUCUCAAAGCUUGGGAGAACGAGGUCAACUAUGUGAUCAAGAUCGACUCCAAGUUCCACGGCCAGCUCGUCGGCCGAAGCGGUGAGAACCUCCGCAAGAUUCUCGCUCAAUCCGACAACGAAGUUCGUAUUGACUUUCCUCGAGCCUCACGCGGCGGGGUCGAAGACUCGUCGGAUAUCGUCAGUGAGGCCGGUGCUCGGGUCACUCAGCCAUCCGACGAAAUUCGCAUCAGAGGCCCUAAGGCGAAAGCUGAUGCUGCCAGAGAGCAGCUGCUGGCCUUGAAGCAGUACUAUGAAGAUAACUCGCACACGGCUACGGUUUCUGUUGCUCAAGACCAGGUUGGAUCUCUCAUCGGCCGAGGUGGCCAGGAGCUUGAGAAAUUACGAGCCGACACCAAUGCACAGAUCGAUAUUCCGAAGAGCAACGGUGCCAAGCGUAUUGAGAUCACCAUCCGAGGAUCCAAAGACGCUGUCAAGCAGGCCAAGUCGGAGAUCGAGAAACGUUCGAAAGCUUAUGACGCAGUUGUCACGAAGACAAUCGAUGUCGAUAGUAAACACCGCAACGCCAUCAUUGGCGCUGGUGGAUCCAACAUCAGGGACAUUGUCAAGAAGGCUGGCGGCUCUGAAAAUUCUGCCGACCAUGUCAAGUUCCCUGCCCGAGGUGAGGACUCCAACACUAUCACCAUCAAGGGCACGCAGGAUGUGGUCGAUAAGAUCAUUACAAGCAUCAAAGGCCUUGUGAGUGAGAAGGAAAACCAGGUCAACGACUCAGUCGAUGUUCCUGUCAAGCUGCACCGUAACCUGAUCGGCGCUCAAGGUGCGAAUCGCAAGGAAUUCGAGGCCAAGUUUGGUGUCUCCAUGAAUGUGCCUCGGCAGAACAGCGGUGAGACUGCCGUCAAGCUCGCUGGACCUCCGGAGAACGUCCAGAAGGCUAAAGACCACCUUCUGGCUAUGACAGAUGCCCAAAAGGGUGAGACUGUGACCGUUCCCCGCAAAUUCCACCACGCUGUGGCACAAAACGGCGCCACUUUCGGUGAGUUCACUCGGAUGGGCGUCCGCAUUGACCAUGCGGGCCAGAAGCCGCCAUCCAGACCAAAGGCUGGUGCUUCUAAAUCUAACGGCGAUCUGCCCCUUAUCACUGACCAGGCAGGUGGCAAAAUGGCCCAUUCCUGGGAAGUUGUACCCCUUACCUCCGAUGAAGAUGGUGAGAUCGCGUGGAACAUUGUCACCACUCGUGAUGCGAAGGAGGGCGCGGUGGACAAGGCCAAAGCACGCAUACUAGAGCUACUGGAACAGGCCGAAGAACCUAGAUUUACCGGCUACCUGACUUUGCCGGACCCUGCUUUGCACAAGCGAAUCAUCGGCUCCGGCGGCAAGACCAUCAACGGUAUGCGUAAUGCUACGGCGUGCGACAUCCAGGUCCCGAGACCAAACGACAAGACGGAUGCCAUCACGAUCACGGGCAGCGAGGACGGCGUUCUGAAGGCCAAGGACAUGAUUCUUGAGGUUAUCGAAGGUGGUAACGGCAAUUAG